AAUCAUAAUCCUCUCCAAGAAGUGGGGGAACAAGUUGCUACAAUAAAGAAGAGUAGAAAACCACAAAAGUGCUGAAGAUGGCCCGGCACGACCCUGGAGCAGCAGGAACAGCUUAACCGCCCAUACCUAGUACCAACAACACAAGAGAAAGUUGCAUCACCAACCUCAGCAAACACCCCCAUUCCUCCCCGCGAUCACAUAUUCAAAUCAGAACAGACACAAGAAAGCGGGAGAAGACCGUUGCACCUCCCCAUUUUACAACCUUUUCAGUCGCUAGCUCGCGUGUGCCGCUCGCUCGCUUAAUCCGCAGCACCGUCCCCUGGUCGCCUUACAAGAUUAGGUCAAUUAUUUCCAGCGACGCGCUCGAAAGAUUAGGUUACCCAAUCCUCAACCAGAACCGGCGCUCAGGGAACUCGUAUAUAUCCAAGCUUUUGACGAUGCAGUCUGAGUUAAAUUUUCUCAUCUCUGCAAUCUGCACUAGCAUAUCGGGAUACCGCAGCGUCCGGCCAUGGCCCAAGCUCGCGUCGCCCUCGCGCUGUGCGCCCUGCUGCUCCUCCACGGCGUCGCCUGGGAGGCGCGGGCGGCGUCGUACACCGUCGGGAACAGCGCCGGCUGGGACAUCAGCGCCGACCUCCAGUCGUGGGCCGCCGCCAAGAUAUUCAACGUCGGCGACGUUCUAGUGUUCACGUACUCCAAGACCCACACCCUGGACGAGGUGGACGCGGCGGGGUUCAAGAGCUGCAGCGCCGCCAACGCGCUGCUCUCCAGCAGCGACGGCAACACGACGGUGCCCCUGACGGCGGGCGGCGACCGGUACUUCAUCUGCGGCCACCAGAUGCACUGCCUCGGCGGCAUGAAGCUGCACGUGCACGUCACCUCGCCAGCCGGCUCCACCACGCCGGGAGCCCCUGCCGGCGCCCCGCGGGCGAGCCCCGGCGCCGCUCGCGGCCCGGCCGGCGGCACCGACGACGACGCCGGCAUCCCCAGGCUCGACCUCGGCGGGUCGCACCGGCUGGGGGUCGUGUGGCCCGCGCUGGCGACGUUGUGGUUGUGCCUAGCUGCGGCUCUGUUUGCAUGAAAGUUUUUGUUUUUUGAAGCGCUGCAUGAAAGUUUUUGUCAAACUUAUUGCUCGUUCUGAGUGAUUUUUAACCUUU